CACUCAGACUUUCAGGAGACUCACAGCGAUGGUAAUACAGCAGGAGUUCCUCUGAGUUGACUGGUGUUAAUACAGCACAACGUUUUAAACUUCAGUCUGUACAAAUCAGUAACCAGCAAUGGCUAAAUGGGGUGAAGGGGAUCCUCGAUGGAUUGUAGAGGAGAGAGCUGAUGCCACCAACGUCAACAACUGGCACUGGACGGAGCGCGAUGUGUCCAGCUGGUCCUCAGAACACCUCCGUCAGCUGCUCCUCAGUGUUCGUGUGGAGGGACCAGAGGGAGUCUGUCAGGUGACCGACAUCAGCAAGCUGGAUGGAGAAGCUUCCAUCAACAACCGCAAAGGAAAACUCUUCUUCUUCUACGAGUGGCAGCUGAGAGCCAGAGUUGGCUGGGUCAGUACGUCCAGCAGUGGAGUGAAGUACAGAGGAACUGUUGAUGUGUCAAACUUAUCUGACGAGAAUGACGAGGACGACCUGGAUAUCUCAGCCUCUCUGUGCAAGGACCAGCCCAGCACACCGCUCCUGGACCUCAUGAAGAGGACUGGCAUUAAGGAGGUCCGCAGAGUUCUGGGCGAGUACGUCCGCCAGCUCAAAUCAGAGUUCAGUCAAGGGAUGAUCCUUCCUACUACUGAUGGACCGAAGCAGCCGCCACCUGAGACCGCCAAGAAGAACCAGGUCAAGACCAACAAAACCCAGAUCAGUGCCACCACCAAGUGCACCUCCAGUCCCUCCCCGAGGAGCUCCUCCACCCCCGCCCCCUGCCCCACAGGUAUUCGUAUCCCAACCUGCAGCUUUAACCUGAGGGAAACUUUCCAGACAUCUGCUGAUGAACUCUACAGGACCUUCAUCAACCAGGAGUUUGUGCAGGUAUUUACGCGCUCGGUGGCGGUGGUCGAUGGUCGGCGAGGAGGGAGGUUCCAACUGCUGGAUGGAAGCGUCAGCGGAGAGUUCACACAGCUGGUACCAGACCAGAGGAUUGAAAUGAGGUGGCGGUUCAGGACGUGGCCCGGCGAGCACUACGCCACUGUCAGUCUGGAGCUGGAGGACCGAGGAGACGAGACAGAGCUGAGGAUGGAGUGUCAUGGAGUCCCUGCAGGGGAGGAGGAUUCCACCAGGGAGGGCUGGACCCGGUUCUACUUCCAGGCCAUCAAACAGACAUUUGGAUACUGAGAUCCAACACUGAGAGACUCUGAGAUACUGAAACCUGGAGCUUGUCUGACAGGCUGAAAGGAGGACGGUGGCCAGGAUAAGACUAAACAAGGCAACAGAAUGAACUCUCUUAAAGGAACAGUCCAACAUUUUAUACAUCCUGUUGCUCUCCUAAGGUAGGAGUCAUGUUUCUGUUAGACCUCACAGACCUGCUGUUCUUUGUCUUUUCCAGGAUCAUAUGUUUCAGGUACAUCAGUUACCAGUACAGAAUUGGGUCCGGGAUAUGGUGAACCUAGCUUAGCAAAAAGACUGGAAACAGGGAGAAGUGGUAACCUGGCCCCACCUAAACAGAACUAACCAAACACAAGAAUUUUCCAAAAUGUUGGAAAUGUUUCUUCACAGUUUGACAGGUUCUCCGCGGCCAAAUCACUGUGUGAAUAAAUGACUGCUUUUUGUUC